UAUUUUGUGACAUUUAGGACAUUAUAGAGAUGAGGACGCUAACACUGCAACUUGUUUUAAUAUUUCUUUACCCGCGCCUAGGCUGGGGUAAAACUGUGGUGAUGGUCCCUGGCCCGGGGAAGAGUUACAUCCUUUACCAUGCCAGGAUAGCAGAGGCCCUGACAGAGUUGGGUCAUGAUGUGUGGAUGUGCAUGUCCCACAACAUGACACAGAGGGGCCUGGUCAAGAACAAAUCCAUUCACAUUCUCAGUUACAGAGAGUCUAUUCCAGACUUGGAACAAAAGAUGGAGAGCAGUCUGAGAGGAAGUAACAUGUUCACAGACUUCUGGGAAGGGAAAUCUUUAAACUUUGACAGUCUAAAAUCAAUACUAAAAGUCGUUGAGGAGACCGGGUAUGAAAUAAUGUCAGACGAUGAUUUUCAGAAACAGAUUUUAGGUUUGAAACCAGACCUGAUGGUGCUGGAGGAGGCACCAGCAUUGAGAAAUAUGGUCUUGUUACCUUACAAAUUUGACAUCCCCUUUGCUUGGAUAGGAACAGCUCACAACAUGAUCUUAUCUAGGGUCCCAUUCUCCCCAGCAGUGGAGACUAAUAUUUUCUCUAAAGACACCCACAAAAAACAAUUUUGGCAGAGGCUGAAAUCAACGUUUGAGCAUGUUAUAUCAAUGUACUAUGAUCCAUUUUCAGACAACAGUUUUCUCAGCAAAUACGCCCCAGAGAAACCUUACAAGACCAUCAGUGAAAUAGCACUGCAAGCUGAGGUGUUUAUUUCUGAAAUGGACCAUAUUCUUGACUACCCAAAGCCAACACUUCCCAAUACUAAACUAAUAGGUGGAUCAUCUGCAACUGAACCCAAGCCUCUUAGUGGACAAUUCAAACAGUUUGUUGAGCAGUCAAAAAAUGAAGUCGUCAUUGUAACUUUCGGGGGGAAUGAUUUUCCAGUACCCGAGCACAUUGUUUUGAAAAUGAUGUCCGCGUUUGAACAACUUCCUUUAAGUGUAGUGUGGAGAAUGAACACCACUUCACUUGACCCUAAUCAAAUAUUGACCUCAACCUGGAUUCCACAGAAUGACCUACUAGGCCAUCCAAAAACAAAAGUCUUUGUUUCCCAUUGUGGAAAGAAUGGACAAUACGAAGCUCUAUAUCAUGCAGUUCCUAUCCUGUGUCUUCCAAUCUAUGGAGACCAGUUCUACAACACAGAGAGAGUGCAGGCUAAAGGGUUUGGUGUUGGUAGGGACAUCAGAGAAAUCAGUGUCACAAAUUUGGCUGACACUAUUCAGGAGCUUGCCAAUGAUGGAAAAUACAAAAGAAAUAUACAAAAAGCGUCCAAUCUAUUCAAAGAACUUUACAAAGUUCCAUCCAAAGAAGCUGCUUACUGGAUAGAUCACGUGAUGAAGUAUGGCGGAGACUAUAUGAGGUCAUCGGGACAGGAAAUGCCGUUGUAUCAAUUUUUAAUUCUUGAUGUUCUGGGUUGUGUGGUGGUUGUUGUUAUUUUCACUUGCACUGCCAUAAUUAUGUUGGCCAGAUUUUGUUACAGAAAGGUUUUGAAACAAAAACAUUAUAAGCAAAAAACUCUUUAAAUAAAUUCAACCUAGAAAUCAAAUUCUAUUCCUAAGCUGUACAUUUUAACUAAAUUCUCUAUCGCUGUUAUUUGUAUUUUAACUUCAAUUUAAAUUUGUAAUAAAUUUGU